CUGGCGGGAAGGGGUAAGAUGGCGGUGUAGGCGCGAGCCGGUGUGUCCUGCGCUCUGCCCUCGCCUCAGGCGCCCGUGUGUCACCUUCCGGCGGAGGCGGCUGGAUCCCGACUCGCAAGGCGGCCGCGGUGUGAGGCGGGAGGAGGAGGAGGACAAAGCCUCCGGUGCCGCCCUCGCCGUCAUGCCUAACAUCAAGAUCUUCAGCGGCAGCUCGCACCAGGACCUGUCGCAGAAGAUCGCCGACCGCCUCGGCCUGGAGCUGGGCAAGGUGGUGACCAAGAAGUUCAGCAACCAGGAGACGUGUGUGGAAAUAGGGGAGAGCGUGCGYGGGGAGGAUGUCUACAUCGUGCAGAGCGGCUGUGGCGAGAUCAACGACAACCUGAUGGAGCUGCUCAUCAUGAUAAACGCCUGUAAGAUUGCCUCGGCCAGCAGAGUCACCGCAGUCAUCCCCUGCUUCCCCUAUGCUCGCCAGGACAAGAAGGACAAGAGUCGAGCCCCAAUCUCUGCCAAGCUGGUGGCAAACAUGCUGUCUGUGGCUGGUGCAGAUCACAUAAUCACCAUGGACCUGCAUGCCUCUCAGAUUCAGGGCUUUUUUGAUAUCCCUGUUGAUAACUUGUAUGCUGAGCCUGCUGUACUGAAGUGGAUCAAGGAGAAUAUUCCUGAGUGGAAGAACUGUACCAUUGUUUCACCAGAUGCUGGUGGAGCUAAGAGAGUGACCUCCAUUGCAGAUCGGUUGAACGUAGACUUUGCCCUCAUUCACAAGGAGCGCAAGAAGGCCAACGAGGUGGAUCGCAUGGUGCUGGUGGGUGAYGUGAAGGACAGAGUGGCCAUUCUCGUGGAUGACAUGGCAGACACGUGUGGUACCAUCUGCCACGCAGCAGACAAGCUUGUGUCAGCUGGAGCCACCAAAGUUUAUGCCAUCUUAACUCAUGGGAUCUUUUCCGGGCCAGCAAUUUCUCGAAUCAACAAUGCCUGUUUUGAAGCAGUUGUUGUCACAAACACAAUACCCCAGGAGGACAAGAUGAAGCAUUGCCCUAAAAUCCAGGUGAUUGACAUCUCAAUGAUCCUUGCAGAGGCCAUCAGGAGGACUCAUAAUGGGGAAUCUGUCUCCUACCUAUUCAGCCAUGUCCCUUUAUAACAUCAGAUGCCAGCUGCUGCUUGUAUGGCUUUUUUUUUUUAAACCAAAAGUUGUUCGGCUUGUUAUAAAGUUCAGUAGAAGACUCUGCUUGUUCCAGUGCAGUUCUCCACAGCUGCUCCUGCAUAAGUCAGGCUCCCUGACUCUGAGCCCAGCACGGGGAGGUUGGGGGGAGSCUCCUCUCUCUAACACUCCAACCCCACCAGCAGCCUCGUGCSUUGGGGCCCGUCAGGAGCGUUGACUCAACCCUGCAGAUCUGUGGAGAGCAGGACUGACCCACGGCCAAUUGCCACAACUAUUUUUGGAGGRGGGUGGGGGGUAGGGAGAGGGUUUGUGGGCAGGGUUAGAUGGCCUGGCAUGUGUACCCCCAAUUGCUUGGGAAGUAGAGCUCCCUAGGACACGUUGGUCUGGAUCUACUGCAAGAGCCCGAGAGACUGCUGACGGUGUCACCACUCUAGGCUUGACAGGAGCCCUCCCAGAGGGACGGGCAGCCCUGCAUCUUGGCCAAGCUUAGCCCUAGGGGACACCUCCGGAUGGGAGGUGGCUCUGCAACAGCUCCCUCCCGUGAAAGGAGGGCAGUGUGGCUUGCAAACUUAAUCUGAAUUAUUGAAGAAACGCUAUGCCCCUUGACAUGCUACACAGCAAAAGUAAGGUGAGAGCGUGUAGCCUGUUCAGAACUGCUUUGCUGUGCUACCUUGGUGGGGAAAGGUGCGUCCUGGACAAGCACUCUGCUUCCUGGCGUGUGCGUAGAGGGCUCUAGUUCCUAGCAGAAGCUGAACCAAACGCCUUGUCUUUGCAGUUGCUGUUAGCCUUGCUAGAGACUAGAGAACUGCUGUCAUGUGCUGUAGCUGCACCUUGAUUUGCUGUGCUAAAGUACCUUGAUCCUGUUUUUUACCAGUACAUUAGUAAAUGAAGCCCCUGGCCCUCAGUAGUACGGUUGUUGUAUCCARCAAGUGCCUGCUCCAUAGAUGGAUUGGGGGUGACCCCGUGUGCAACAGCUCUGUGUCCAACUGUCCUUGCUUCAGAAGGCUGUUUGCAAUCCUGUUAUUCCACCAGCUCCAACACAUUCUCGUUGCUUGUCCUGCCUUGCCUUGAACGUGUUGCUCAUUCCAAUGACAACUUUGCAAGGGAGCUUGAAAAUUCCUGGAGGGUCAGAGGUUGCAGGACUGCACAGCCUGAGGAAGCCUCUGCAGUGGAUCUGGGGCAGCAAAUAAGAGCUUGUGGCAAGAGGUUGAGCAGGCUUUUGUGAUACCCAGUACUGGGAAAGCGUAGAUCUAACUCCAACCUGACAGGCAGCAAGGUGCCUGGAAGAGAAAUACCAAAACUAGAGCUGGCUGAGGCUCCUGGAUAUGAAAUAAGUAUCAUCCAAAACUUGAAUGCUUGAUAACUGUACCAGACAAUCUCAAGGUAAAACUGUUAAGCCUCUCCUGGACUCUUUUGGGGGUUAUAGACCAAGCUGCUUUAUGCAGUCUGGUUUCUACAAGCACUCCUCUUUGGUUUGUUUUUGAUACAAGGGAAGGGAAAGAGGGUAGAGAAGGAACUCGAAACUGCAUGUGAGGGUAGUCAGCACAGCUUGGAGAAGCAGGGGGCUGCGGAGGGUCUGGAAGUGAGAACCUUGGGGCGAGAGCUGGGGAAGUGCUGCCUUAGUUGUGCCUUUCAACGGAGACUUCUCCCCUCUCCCUUCCCGAAACUCCUGUCCCGUGGCAACUCCAACACUUCUAUUUUACAGUGUAGAGUUUUCUUUUGUAUAAGACUUGGUGU